CUGUGAACACGGUUUUGUCAUCAGCAGUGUUGUGCACAGUUCGUGUAAGAAAGGUCCGAAGAUGCAGUCCUGUCUAAUAAUAUUGUCAGUCUUCAGUCUAGGGUUGGUAACAGCCACCCCAGUAGAUUUUACAAAAUUCAACCAAAUUCAGGUCAAUCAAGAUGUGGCUCUCCGGAACUCAUUGCUAGAGAAUGCUAUCCUGCAAGCAUUGGAAGGUUUAAGAAAGGACAUGGUGACGGGCACUGAUGAUAUACCAGUCCUUGAUCCUUUGGAAGUUGAGCAUUUACACUUGAACGAAGAAUUACUCACUUUACCUGGUUCCCACGUGACCCUAAAAGACCUGAAGGUUGAAAAACUGAGUACGUUCGUGGUAGACACACUGUCGGUCACUGUUGAGACACUGCUGCCUUUACGGUACCGGAUUACCUUCGACAUACGAAUCCCUGAAUUGCCUGCUGAAGCCGAGAACUACGAUCUUAUGAUCAUAGCACAGGGUCUUAAUAUUUUUGGAAACGGCGACGCUAAAGUCACUCUGAUUGAGCCGAAAGUGCACGGUCACAUCGUAUUGAGUCCGAGGAUCACGAUCGGGUCUGGCUUGUUCUAUAGUAUCACUACCAGUAAUGUCAACUUCUCAUUGAAAGGGUUCGAAUCGAAGAUCAAUGGGUUGAUGAAUGAUCCUGCUAUGUCGGAAUUCAUCAAUACAUUCUUGGGUCACUUCGUACCAGAUGCAGUGGUCGUGUACAAGGAUGAUAUUACGAAAAUCUUAAGUGAUACUGUAAUGGAGGUGGGAAACGAGCUGCUGCAAGACUUGAACUUAGGUGGAAUCCUUGGAUGAAUACUUUACAUUUGAUUCACAGAACCUAACAUCAAGUUACUCCAAAGUACCUAAUCCAUUUUCACCUUCAUUACUAAAGAAAUAAAGUUAUUAAUGUUAGAUUGGAGUAACUUGAUGUGGUGGCGUUAUUACAUAUCAUUAAAUAAUGGUCUACGUAAAAUCUAUAUUUUAUAAUAAUAAACAAAUGCAUACUUAACA